AUGGAACGGCAAUUGCAGAUGGUCAUCUCCAGCCUUGUCAAGCUCACGGGAAUCAUCGUGUCCAUGAUCAUGGGAGGAUUAAUGUCAGACACGGACCUCUCCAGCUGGACAACUGGGACGCAGGUCAUCCACGGUCUCUUGAUUAUUCCCGUACUCGCUCUCGGCUCAUACGCGGCCUGGAUCUGGAGAUGCCUCGCCCAAUACGACGACUAUGACCACCCAGGCAACGUCAAGCCUUUCGGCUUCAAGAGCGACCGCAAAGAAAAGUUCCUCCACUCCCGCAACGAGUCCGAUGACUGGGAUGUCGAGCUUCGCGCGUCUUGGGCCUCCAGGGAGAUAGCACUGGGCAAUGCCGUCGACAUCACAUCACCACCCCCAACAGCACCAUCAGCAGAGCCCGCCCCUACCGAAACUCGACCGCGAGGGUCCUCGUUUGUCAAGGUUGGCGGACGCCUCAACUUUAGCCUGACGAACGACGUGGACGCGGCGAACGAGCAAGCCAGCCGGAGCCGGGCCAACUCAUCAUCCGCCCUCUUGGGCGGUAUCACCACAAUCUCCGAGUCACAGCCGCAGUCGCCGCCCAAUGAGGUAGCCGACCUGGUCAUCCCGAAGAGGCCAGCAUCCUACAUCUCCGUGACGGGCACGGGGAUGGACCGCCGCGCGUCGUACAACCACACCCGCGAUACGGCCUUCGAGGAGUACGUCCGUCAGCACCGCGCCAGGCAGCAGCGGACGAGCCAGGGGUCCAUCGGAGGCGGAGCACGCAGCAGCAGCGCGCCCCUGACCCGCAGCCGUGCGCAGUCCAACACAGAACGCACCGCGGCACAGCAGCAACAGCAGCAGAAAUUCAAGAAUGACGUGGACGACGCCCUCGGCCAGGCCUUCGGCUGGGGCAAGGGGAGCAGGUCGUCAAGCCUGGAUAGCGUUAUGGCGGGGGGUGAGCCGCCGGCAAUCGCCGUGGGCGGCGGGGCCGUGCCCAGCGCCAAGUCCGUCCGGGACAGCCUCGGGCGGGCGCCGAGCGACGGCAGCGAGAGGGGCGCAGUGGGGUCCAUGCCCGAGGAGGGAGGAGACGAUAACAACGAUGACGACAGCCAGGAGGGGGUCGACGAGGAUACGCGGCAGAGGAACGUGAGCGAGGCGAGUCGAGCUCUGCUCGGUGGCGGCGCGGAGGUUGAGGAGAUCCGUGCGGUUCCGGAGUCUUUACGGCCCGCUUGCGGUGGUGUUACGAGGCCCAGGGCUCUGAGCGAGACGAUCGAGUUUAUCGAGUUUAUCGUGACGCCACCGCCCGCGACGCCGACGGGGGAGGGAGAAGGUGGGGUGAGGAAGACGUGGGGGGCUGCGCAUCAGCCAUGA